AUGGCCUCUUCUUCUCAUAGACCUAUGGAAGCUGCUCGUGAAGAUACAGGUGACUCUCAUUCCCAACCUCAUACACAAGAAGGAAUUGGCGAACAGUCCUCGGGUCAGUCUAUUCCUCAUACUAGUGGGUCUGGUGUGGGAAAUCAACAAGGAGUAAGAGUUGGUCCACAUCCUCACAUGAGCCCUGGUACUCACGUUAUGAACCCUCCUUUUCAACAAAUGGCUGAAUUCUUUCACCGUAUGGCUGAAACGAUCCAUGACCCCCGUGGGUUAAACUUUGAAAAAAUGAGGAAAAUGGGUGGAGUUGAAUUUGAAGGUACUAUUGAUCCCACAGAUGCUGAACAAUGGCUUGAGCGCAUGGAGAGAGUGUUUGAACAGUUGGAGUGUUCUGAUGUUGCCAAAUUCAAGUAUGCCAUCUCGUUAUUGCAGAAGGAUGCUUAUGACUGGUGGGUAGGUGUGCCAAAUGCAAAAGCAAAACCUCCAGUUCUUACUUGGGAUGAUUUUGUUAAAGAGUUUCGUAUGAAAUAUGUCCCGCCUGCUUAUUGUGAUGCUAAGAAAAAAGAGUUUUUGAAUCUAAGGCAACGAGGCAUGUCUAUUGCUGAGUAUCAACAAAAGUUUCUUAGACUCUCUCGUUAUGCUGGAGGCAUUAUUACCGAUGAAAAAGAUAAAUGCAGGAGAUUUGAAGAUGGCCUAAACGAUUCCAUCAGAAAGAAUGUGGCAAUCCUGCAACAUGAGAACUUUUGUAAAUUAGUUUUUGCUGCUUUCACUUGGGAAAGACUUGAUAGGGAAGAAGCUAGUAGACAUGAAAAUAGAUUCCGGAAGCCUAGGUCAGAUUUUGGAGGUCCAUCCAAGAAGGGAAGGUUUGAUGAUUCUAAGGCUGGUAGUGUCAACAAGUCAAAUCAACAGAAACAAAGCAGACUAGAUUUUUCUACAGCUAGUACCCCGAGUUAUAGCCAAGGAGAGCUUCUGGUGCUUGUUUUAAUUGUGGAAGCUUUGAUCAUAAAGUGA